AUGGGAGUCCAGCCAAAGAUCGGCUCUGGUGAUUUGCUGACAGUCAUGUGGUUUGUUCUUUGCGGCUUUAUUCAUCUCUUCUUCGAGGGCUAUUUUUCCUACAAUUUCCGGCAGAUGCCGAGCAGACAAGAUCUUUUCGGUCAGCUCUGGAAGGAAUAUUCGCUGUCGGAUUCCCGUUACCAGACCCAAGAUGCCUUUGUACUCUGCAUGGAGACCGUCACCGCGGUCUGCUGGGGUCCUCUUUCUUUCGUUCUUGCGGGCUUGAUUAUGACCCAGCACCCUCUCCGGUAUCCAUUGCAAGCUAUUGUUUCUCUUGGGCAGCUGUAUGGCGAUGUGCUGUACUAUGCAACCUGCCUCUUCGACAGCUCUAUCCUGGGUCUCGAGUAUUCAAGGCCCGAGGCUGCGAUCUUCUGGGGCUAUUUCGUCUUCUGCAACGCCUUCUGGAUCGUGAUUCCUCUUUUGCUUCUUUACCACAGCUUGUGCGCCAGUACAAAGGCGUUUGUUGCUCUGUCCGCGGCGGAAGCCAAAGCCAAGAAGGCGUGA